AUGGCUACAUCCUCUUUCCAUCGGGCAACAGAGACCGUCGAGUACCUACGAUUACGCCUGCCCGCACAUCUGGCCAAACCACGUGUCGCAAUAGUAUGCGGCUCAGGUUUGGGCGGAUUGGCAGAGACGAUCAGCAGCACCGAGCGAAUAGAGUGGGCUUAUAGAGAUGUGCCUAACUUUCCGCAAUCAACAGUACCCGGCCACGAAGGUAAACUUAUCUUCAGCACAAUGACCGAUCGAAAAGUGCCAGUCGUGCUUUUAGUAGGAAGAGCGCAUUUCUACGAAGGCCACAGCAUGGAGCUCGUGACCUUUGCCACGCGAGUCUGCAAAGUUCUCGGCGUGGAAACCAUGCUCCUGACCAAUGCUGCCGGAGGCCUGAACCCGGAGUACCAGGUCGGCGACAUUGUGUGCUUGAACGAUCACCUCAAUCUGUCCGGCCUAGUUGGCUUUCACCCAUUGCGUGGACCGAACGACGAUGAGUUCGGCACACGGUUUCCGGCUCUCAGCGAUGCGUAUGACAUCUCCCUCCGACAACUUGCGCAUCGCUCGUGGCAAAACCUGAGGGAGCAGUCGCCAAGCCAAAGAAAGAUGCACGAGGGAGUGUAUGCCUUCGUCGCCGGGCCUACGUACGAAACGCGCGCAGAGUGUCGCAUGCUGAGGCAGCUGGGUGCUGAUGUCGUAGGCAUGUCGACGGUGCCGGAGAUUAUUGUGGCCAGACAUUGUGGGAUGCGGGUGCUGGCAUUCAGUCUAGUGACGAACAAUGCUGUGCUGGAGCCAGCCGUCCGUGCGGAUGAUCCGCAGUUAGAGGGACUCUCUUCUGCGGCGCUGAUCGAGCACCUGAGCCGCGGCCGUGCCAAUCAUGAGGAGGUGCUAAAGGCUGGUCGGCUAGCGGCACUGGACAUGCAAGGUCUGGUUCUGCGAAUAGUGUCUGAGAUGUAA